ACAAAUUGUUCUCCGAGACCAUAUGCUCGAGCCUGCCACCCGUUGUUUGUGCUACAAAACCAGGAUCUUUAUAAGCUCGCCUCGAGACUUCGACCGUCGCCGCCAUAGCCUCACCAGCGUGACCGCCGCGAACCCGUCUUCCCCUCCCACCCCUCCCUUCUGAAAGUACCGCAAGUCAGCCCCAGCAGACCUUUCUUUACCAAAACGGUUCCUUCUUUACCCUCCAUAACUGGUCGUCUCGAAAGAACUUGCGACUGCCCCUGCAAACUCAAUGCAGACCUUCAUUUCUCAUUUCAAUCGCGACAGGUGAUAGUCACUCCUUUCUCGCGGCUAGAUGGAGCUCUAUGGCGUCCGGAUAUAAUUCAGGAUUCUCCGCGACAUCUGUCCAGCAUCGUGCCCUGGGUGAUGGACCGUCAUAUUCUAGCCUCGAGGAUGGCUCUGCGGACGGUAGUUGGGCCGAUGCCACCACGAGACCCGGGCGAAAUGCUCGAUCUGAGUCCGGAGGCAGUGCGACCAUUGGCGUCCGGGGAGGCUCAUUGACUACCUCGGUCGGAGCCCCUGGAAGCUUCAGUUCUGAACUAAAGAGUAUGAAGUCGUCGCGAAGCACAACGCCACGUCCGGACGGGGCGCCGAAUCGUCGACCAAGCAGCUUCACCGAUCAGGACGACAUACCCACCACCGAGGAGCGGCAAGCUGUCAUUCGAGACAAGAUCGCCAAGGAAAUGAAAAUCAAGACGGGGACAGAGAACAUGCUGGAAGCACUACUCGCGAAGAAUCCGAAACACACGAAAGAUCAGAGAUUAAGAGUUGAAUCGGAGCUGAGUUCAUCCAACCGCAAGCUUGCAGAGCUGCACCAUGAACUUGAGGAGGAGAUGCUACGUGCGCAGGCGCCGUCUACUCCACCUCGAAGUCGCUUGUCGACCCUCUUCCAGAGCAGCUCUAUGCGGUCGCCUACCCGCAACAAUCCUACGAUCGAGGAAGCUCAGUUUCAAGAGGGAGAAGCAGAAAUGGAAUCACCCACCUACGUCCUUGCAGAAACACUACAGGCUCUGGAGAUCGAAGGCAUGGCCCCGGACUAUUAUGUUGAACGCGCGAACAGUCUUGUGGAGCUUUUCAAGCGGCACCCUACGUUGAAGUACGACCUUGAGUGGUCUGUGUUUGGGCUACGCGUGCAAAUUAUGCUUCUCAGCGACAACAAAGAAGCGGUGGCGGCCGGUUAUCGGCUGACACGCUACGCUAUUGCCGACCGCAAGUCCCUUCAGAUCAUUCGGUCAUUUCACACGGAUGAGCUGGUCAUUCUAUCCCUUAUCAAGGAAAGCAAGGCGAGCAUUGAGCGGGAGCAAGCUUUGAAGUUUGUCAGGGCUUUCUUAGAUGUCAAGGAUGGUGUGCGCGAAAUCUCGCGCGCCGUUGUUAGGACCAUUGUCUCUGUCGCAGAGCAUUAUGAGGAUCGGCUCCGGAACAUCUCUAUCAUGACUCUGGCUGAGAUUCUUGUGAAAGAUCCGGAAUUGAUCGCGUAUGCUAGUGGAUUUGCUACCCUCCACGACGCUUUAGCGGAAGGCACGUUUGGUGCCUCGGAAAGCCUGGUCGCAAGUUUUCUUCAUGUUCUCGAUACCCCCCACAGCAGGAAACACCUGCGAGGCGGAUGGGAGUUGGAGGCUGUUCUUGCACCAUUCACUGACUCCUUAUCUGACUCAGUCCGUAAUGGACGUUUGAAGUCUUCCGCUAGAGCAAUCUCGGCAAUGCUAAAGACAUGGCCAGGCCUGAUUGUACUCGCGAGGAAUGGAGCCAAGCCUUUACAAUCGCUACUCGAAUCAUUACAUUAUCCAGAUCCACAGGCCAGAGAUUUGAUCAUGGAGCUCUUGUUUGACGCAUUGAGAAUUAAGCCUCCGUCAUGGUCGUCAUCUUUUCUAGCUGGUCGGAGGCUUACAACUUAUGGAAGAGUGGCCAAUCUGAGAACAGAAUCGGACACGAAACACAUACAAGCAUUUUAUAAUGAUGAUGGGAACAGAUUUGACCUAACAGCACACUUUUCCACGCUAAUCCUUGCCACACUUGUCGAGGCAGGUUUAUCAAAGGCACUUUCGGACCUUAUCGAGGACGAGACAGAUUUGUCACUUAGGCGCAAGGCCACAUUACUUCUUACUGAGGUUUUGAAACUAGCUCAUCAUUCAUUGCCCCAGCACGUCAGUGCGAAGCUCCAAGUUCUGCCCCACCUCCUGCCAGCUGCUAUCAAAUAUGAUGUCGAGAAUCAUGAUGUCUCCACUUCAACGAUUUAUCAAAUAGAUAGCAUUAACCGGACCUUGGCGCGCAGCGUGCCAAACGGCGCGGGACGUUACAAUGUCGAAGUAGACAUUUCUGCUUCUCUCCUGUCCGGUGAUCAAGGCAAGGAGAAAUUGAGUCCUUCUAUGGAUGAGACGCAGUUCCGCAAUGCGAUUUUGGAGACACAUGUCUUGAACACCGUCAAUUACCUGAAAUGGAAGUGGGACUUGAUUCACCGUAUCGUCGAAGGACCUUUGACGAAUCCCAAACGACUGGAAGAGGCCAUCAAAGGCUCGAAGUUCAUGAAGCGACUGAUAGGAUUUUAUCGACCUUUUAAGUACAGAUUCUCCAUGGUGCCAAACACGAAACCUAACCAGCGAUAUGUUCGCACGGCGUGUGCAUUGAUGCGCACACUUGUACAACUUCCGGAAGGAACGAAAUAUCUAGCCGAGAACAAAUUCUUGAGGCAAGUUGCUGAGUGCCUUGCUCAAGUGGAUCGCAUGAGUGGACUCACAUCGUCCUCUCCGCUCUUCUCCAAAGAGCAGAUGGCAAGCACGUUAAGCGGAGGUUACUUUGCCAUACUGGGCACGCUGAGUGGUGAUGCGAACGGUUUGGCCAUGAUGGAACGAUGGCAUAUGCUAAACAUGUUCUAUCAUAUUGUUGAGCUUCGAGAUCGUGACGACCUUAUUCAAACCCUCCUUGGGAAUAUGGACUAUACCCAGGAGAGUCACCUCCGGGUCAUUCUGUCAAAAGCGCUGACCACAAGCUCAAAAGAGAUUCGCAUUUUCGCGACUCGACUUCUACGAAAGUACGCCGUAGGGAAUGUGUCUCUUCCCGCUUUGGCGUCCGCCGGUAACAAUGCGGACUGGGUGGUGAAGCUUCUCGUCACCCAGCUCUAUGAUCCCGACGUGUCUGUUUGCCAAGUGGCUGUGAAGAUCCUCGAGGAGGCAUGCAAUCAGCGUCACUACCUUGAAUAUGUGGUGAAAUGCCGGCCAUCUCUUGACCAUUUAGGUGAAAUUGGGGCACCAUUGCUACUGCGUUUCUUGUCAACGUCUGUCGGCUAUCAUUAUCUCGACGGGCUGGAUUACAUCACACAGGAAAUGGAUGAUUGGUUCCUGGGUCGAAAUGAUGCUUAUGUGGGACUCGUUGAAGCAGCCCUCUCGCGUGCAUAUGUCGACCAGCCCCGGCGGAGUAGUUUUGUCCCUGAGGACCUGGUUGACCUCCAGGACAUUGGACUAGUGCCACCGCAUUUCUACAGGGAGCUCGCUCGAACCUCAGAGGGAUGUAAGCUUCUGGAGCAUUCUGGUCAUUUCAACGAGUUUGCUUGGACAAUUCGAGACUUUCAGCUGGACGAAGAAGACACCGAGGCUCUUCUCAAAGUCAAGGGCUGUCUUUGGGCUGUGGGUAAUGUGGGCUCGAUGGAGCUCGGCGCGCCAUUUCUUGAGUCAGACAUUGUCCAGCAUAUAGUGAAGAUCGCGGAAAGCGCGGAGGUCCUUACUAUGAGGGGGACGGCUUUCUUUGUUCUGGGGCUGAUCUCACGAAGCCGCCAUGGUCUGAAGGUGCUAAGAGACUUCGGAUGGGAUUCCGCUCUCGAUAACAAGGGGAACUCAUUGGGGCUCAGUCUGCCGACUGAUUUCAACAAACUUUUUCUGGUCGAUUUUCCGUCGCACUCCAGGAGCCGUGAGGCCAAGCGCACGUCCCAAGAGAGGUUCAAGGAGGCCACUUUCGACCCAGAUCCUACCAACCAGAAGAUAUUGAAGCUCAUUGUCGAUAUGGGAAAUACGGUGCUGUCGAAAAGGGCUGCAAGCGAUCUCAACAAUAUGAAAGCGAAGCAACCAGACCGAUUUCACCAGCCCCACCUCUUCCGCAAGACUCUUAGUAUUCUUGAAAGCCAUCACUUUCGCCUACCCGCUCGCCGCUUCGCACUAGAUCUGUUCGAUAAAAGCGUUCUGCGGCGCAUUGUUACCGAGGACGAUUCGGACACAGACUCGGAUACUACCUCGUCCCAAGUUUCUGGGUGAAGUAUUCUUGCAUUCUGCUGCAGUCAACUUGACACGGAUUCUCACCUUUUGGUCCGCUUUUCGAUCCCAGUAGGCAGGCCGGAACAGCUAUGCGUGAUCCUCGGACCUGCUCUUGCCUCCAUGUACUCGGCGCUCUUCUCAUCUGUUCCGUUUUCCUCAUAUCACUUUGGCCUUGGCGUUGGAUGGUUCAAUUACGAGCAAUGAAAAGAUGUCCGCAUACUUGAAAUUUUGCUCUUCUGCAUCCGAUUACCCCAGCUGUUACUCUGUGCUUGUUGUUCCUCCUCACUUACGGUGGUGCAUUACAUCCUCUAUGUCGUCAAUAAUCUGACUUGUUAGCAAGCAAGACUG